CACCGGUACAUCUGCCACGGACUUCAAGCCAAAGUUCGCCACUUGUUAUGGCUCCUGCAACGCCAACUACAAGCCAGAAUGCGCUUCAUCAGUCGCCUGCUAUGCAGAUCUCCAGCAGUGAACAAAAUCUUUUCCAGAAGCUGCUGAGGAGUUUCCAUCUGCUAAGGAUGGAAGUAAAAGAGAUUAAAGCGACAUUGGACUUGCUCGUUGAGCAGUCAAACAACAGUAGGAAUCAAUCUUCUGUAGCUGUGACAAACAUAGAUGUUAAACUUCCUCUGGAAGAUUUUGAAGGUGUUCAAAAUCUAGAGAGGUUGCUAGAAGAAGAGAGCAACAAAAACUACUUGCUUAACAAGUGCAAGAAUUUUGGGGGCAGUUGCUUCCAGGAUCAUACCAGGAGGAUUCUGAAACAUUUAUUCACAGAUGAAACUGCAGAACUGUUUUCGUGGACUGGCAGCAAAGGAGGAAAAAGAAAAUUUAUGAGUCUGAAAAUCGCUGACCUUGUUAUUGAAGCUGUUCUUAAAGAAAGUGGCCAAACUACAAGAGCAGAUGUGGAAAAUGUUAUGAAAAAUUGGCUACGCCAUGCAAAGGAUCGUGCCGACUACAGAAAGUUCGGACAGUACAAAAAAAAACUCCCCCCAAUGCAAGAUGCCCCUCCCUCUUGUUAAUUUACUCCCCCCAAUGCAAGAUGCCCCUCCCUCUUGU